GACAUUAGUGUCCAUCACUUUUCAAGUUGCUUCUGAUGAAACAGUUCCACAUGACUGUCUCUGCAAGAACAUGAAGGUACUGCUUAAAGGCAGAAGAUCAGCAAUUGUAUGACUCUACCCUCUUGCUACUACUGAAUUGUGCAUUGGUGUAUUUGGUAAACAGAUGUGCAGAUCAGCUCUCAAAAUGUCUUCUGUGUCUUCCGUGUACCUCCUAAGCCAGUUGCAUUAGCUCUCCAGCUAACUGAGUAGUAGAGUUAAUAACUGUAAAAGCAAAAACAAACACAAACACACACAACAAAAAGCGUUCUAGAGCCACAUGCCUUAUGAAGUCAAUGCUGGGUAUGAUUUUACAAAUAUGGUCCGGAAAAAGAACCCCCCUCUAAGAAACGUUGCUAGUGAAGGUGAAACAGAGACCCUCAAAUCUCCGAGUACAGAGAGUGACAAUAUUGAAAGGAAGCAAGAAUUUUCUGCCGGUCAGAUGCAAGAAAACGCUGAGCCGAGUGAGGCUGCGGAGCAAAAUGACAAGGAGGAGUUUUGCACGCAUGUCCCAGAGCCUUCUCCCAGCACUAAAAAGGACUUGAAAAGCUCAACACCAAGCGAAAAGGCUGGCUUCAAUUAUGAAAGCCACAAUAAGGGAGGAAAUGUUCCAUCCUUCCUUCAUGAUGAGGUGACAGACAGAAAUAUGCCGGCCUUCUCAUCUCCAGCUGUUGGGGGAAUCUCUGCAUCCUUGAAGUCUCCUCUCAGAUCAGAUGCAGAUGACACCCAAGAUGUGGUCUGCACGCCGUCGGGAGAUCGGACGGAGACGAGCGAAGAGCAUCACGCAUCGCCAAAAUCUGUGGACGAAGCAGCGCAUGUGCAAAGUGGUCAAGCCGAGGGACAAGGUUCAAGCCCAGCCUCGGUGGCCUCAAAAAACCCACAAGUGCCUUCAGAUGGGGACUUAAGGCCAAACAAAUUGAAAGCAGAUUUGUUGGCAAAUGAGAAACCAGAUACGGCGCCUCUCUCUCCAGAGCUUCAGGACUUCAAAUGCAACAUCUGUGGCUAUGGUUACUAUGGGAACGACCCCACAGAUCUCAUCAAACACUUCCGCAAGUACCACCUCGGGCUGCACAACCGAACCAGGCAGGAUGCUGAGCUCGACACUAAAAUUUUAGCUCUCCACAACAUGGUGCAGUUCAGCCACUCCAAAGACUUCCAGAAAGUCAAUUGUUCUGUGCUGUCAGGGGUUCUGCAGGACAUCAAUGCCCAAAGGCCUAUCUUGCUAAAUGGCACUUAUGAUGUGCAGGUAACUUUAGGCGGAACCUUUAUUGGCAUUGGACGCAAAACUCCUGAUUGCCAGGGCAACACCAAGUAUUUCCGCUGCAAAUUCUGCAAUUUCACCUACAUGGGUAAUUCAUCAACAGAGCUGGAGCAACACUUCCUGCAGACCCACCCAAACAAGAUAAAAUCUACUCUUCCUGCCUCUGAAUCCAGCAAAGCCUCAGAGAGGAACUCAAGCAAGUCCAGUCCAAUUGUUCGAUCAUGCGAGUCUGGAGAUUUGGGAAAAUGGCAGGACAAGAUCACCAUAAAAGCUGGGGACGAUACUCCAGUUGGUUAUUCGGUGCCCAUCAAGCCUGUUGAUUCCUCAAGACAAAACGGUACGGAUGCCUCCAGUUACUACUGGUGCAAAUUCUGCAGCUUUAGUUGUGAAUCUUCCAGCUCGCUCAAACUGUUAGAACAUUACAGCAAGCACCAUGGGGGGAGCCAGGCAGGGGGCCUUCACCCAGAUCGGAAUGACAAGCUCUCAAGGGGGUCGGUCAUUAAUCAUAAUGACUUAGCCAAACAUGCAGAUGGAGAGUUAGCGGCAAAGACUGAGAAGGGCUCUAGCAUGGCCAAAAAGAAAGACUUUUCCAGCUCAGGAGUGGAGGACAACGUGGUGACAAGCUACAAUUGUCAGUUUUGUGAUUUUAGGUACUCUAAGAGCCAUGGCCCAGACGUUAUAGUGGUGGGACCUCUUCUUCGUCAUUAUCAGCAGCUGCACAACAUUCACAAGUGUACCAUUAAGCACUGUCAGUUUUGUCCCCGAGGCCUCUGUAGUCCAGAAAAGCACCUUGGAGAAAUUACUUAUCCUUUUGCUUGCAGGAAAAGUAAUUGUUCCCAUUGUGCUCUCCUGCUCUUGCACUUGUCCCCUGGGAUGCCAGGAGGCUCCAGAGUCAAGCACCAGUGUCACCAGUGCUCUUUCUCCACCCCUGAUGUAGACGUUCUCCUGCUUCACUAUGAAACCACACAUGAAGCCCAGGUGUCUGAAGUCAAGCAAGAAGCAAAUGCCCUGCAAGGGGUGGAUGGAUCGCUGACUGUCAAAGAAAGCAAAGAACACUCGUGUUCCAAAUGUGACUUUGUCACUCAGGUAGAAGAGGAGAUUUCUCGACACUACAGGAGAGUCCAUAACUGUUACAAAUGCCGUCAGUGCAGCUUUACAGCUGUUGAUACGCAAUCCUUAUUGGAGCACUUCAACACUGUACACUGUCAAGAAAUGGACAUCACCACAGCAAAUGGGGAAGAUAGCCAUGGGGCGGCUGCUGUUCUUAAGGAAGAGCCCAAAAUUGAUCUGAAAGUCUAUAGCCUGAUCAAUGCAGAUCCCAAAAUGGGGGAGCCCAUCUCUGAAGGUAUCGUGAAGAGGGAAAAGCUGGAUGAGAAAGAAGUAUUGAAAGAGAAGUGUUGGCCUGAUGGGUCCAGCGAUGAUCUUCGCGGUGCACCUUGGAGAGGAGUGGACCUUUUGAGAGGGAGUCCGUCGUAUACCCAAACGAGCUUAGGCCUUCUGACCACGGUGUCAGUUGGCCAAGAGCAGCCAAAGCCCUUACGGGAUAGUCCAAAUGUAGAAGCUGCCCAUCUUGCACGGCCUGUUUAUGGCUUGCCUGUUGAGACAAAGGGGUUCCUGCAGGGGACGCCCCAAGGAAGCGGAGAGAAGUCAGGACCACUCCCUCAGCCAUAUCCUGGAUCUGGUGAUAACAAGUCGAAGGAUGAAUCUCAGUCUCUCUUACGGAGACGUAGAGGCUCGGGUGUUUUUUGUGCCAAUUGCCUGACCACAAAGACCUCUCUCUGGCGAAAGAAUGCAAAUGGAGGAUAUGUAUGCAACGCGUGUGGUCUCUACCAGAAGCUUCACUCGACUCCCAGGCCUUUAAACAUCAUUAAGCAGAACAAUGGUGAGCAGAUCAUUAGGAGACGGACGAGAAAGCGCCUUAACCCGGAGGCACUUCAGGCUGAGCAGCUAAACAAACAGCAAAGAGGGAGCGGCGAGGAACAAGUCAACGGCAGCCCGUUAGAUAGGAGGUCAGAGGAUCAUUUAACAGAAGGUCACCAGAGAGAAAUCCAGCUUCCCAGCCUGAGUAAAUAUGAAGCCCAGGGUUCAUUGACUAAAAGCCAUUCUGCUCCGCAGUCAAUAUUGGUCAGCCAAACUCUGGAUAUUCAUAAAAGGAUGCAACCUUUGCACAUUCAGAUUAAAAGUCCUCAGGAAAGUACUGGAGACCCAGGCAAUAGUUCCUCCAUAUCAGAAGGAAAAGGAAGCUCAGAGAGAGGCAGUCCAAUAGAGAAAUAUAUGAGACCUGCUAAGCACCCGAACUAUUCGCCGCCUGGAAGCCCCAUAGAAAAGUACCAGUACCCACUCUUUGGGCUUCCAUUUGUACACAAUGACUUUCAAAGUGAAGCUGAUUGGCUGAGAUUCUGGAGUAAAUAUAAGCUGUCCGUUCCUGGGAAUCCACACUACUUGAGUCAUGUGCCUGGCCUACCAAAUCCUUGCCAAAACUAUGUGCCUUAUCCCACCUUUAAUCUGCCUCCUCAUUUUUCAGCUGUCGGAUCCGACAAUGACAUUCCUCUAGAUUUGGCGAUAAAGCAUUCCAGACCUGGGCCAACUGCAAAUGGUGCCUCCAAGGAGAAAGCUAAGGCACCGCCAAAUGUAAAAAACGAAGGUCCCUUGAAUGUAGUUAAAACAGAGAAAGUUGACCGAAGUACUCAAGAUGAACUGUCAACCAAGUGUGUGCACUGUGGCAUUGUCUUUCUGGAUGAAGUGAUGUAUGCCUUGCAUAUGAGUUGCCAUGGUGACAGUGGACCUUUUCAGUGCAGCAUAUGCCAACAUUUUUGCACGGACAAGUAUGACUUCACAACUCACAUCCAGAGGGGCCUACAUAGGAACAGUGCACAAGCGGAAACGAAUGGCAAAUCUAAAGAGUAAAAUAAAAUAAAAUAAACCUUAGCACUUAGCACAAUUAAACAGAAAUAGGUUUCCUUGAUGGGAAUUCAAUAGCUUGUAAUGUCUUAUUAAGCACUUCAUAUAGCAAGCAUGCCUUAUCCAGUAUACAAUCCUUCAUUCUUUUCUCUUCCUUCUUUUAUCUUCUUAUAAACAAAAAAGUAAGUUCCCAAGAAGGUAAAGCAAAAUGGAUGGCAGCUGGAACGGGGGGUGGGGCCAGGGUUAAGGGAUCAUCACUUGGGACUUGUCCCAGCAAAACUAUACAAAAGAUACUCUAUCAGGGCAAGUUUCUUUGAAAAAAAAAACAACAACAACAACCAGACAACUCAUGCUUUUGUUCUUGUACGAAAAACAUAGUUGGCUAGAAUGCAAAGAUGUAUAAUGCUAAAGUAAGCAGGUGUACAGUAACAUAUGCACACUGUAUAGUGAAAUGGACUUGUUAAAUAAACUGAUGUCCAGAAGUCUAGUAGUAUUUUUUUUCCACGGGGUUCAUUUUGGCCUUAUUAGACCAUCUGACUGCAUCAUCACUUCUGCAAUCUGGAGCCGUAGUUUUCUCCGGAUACCUCUCACGAUAAACCAGUAGGUAGCUACUAGUGGAUUGCUACAGCUUGCAGUCUACAGCAGUGCUCCCAAGUCUUUCAGCUAGCAACAAUAUGUUGGACAGGUCUCUAGAUUUAGGAACGAUCAUUGUGAGUAGCCAAGAUCAUGAAGGCCACAGCAUUCUGUUCCUUCCCUCUUGAUCUGAAAGCAAAUUAAGAGAAACAAACCUCAGGAAAGAUGACUUGGAUCAUAGAAAAUAAAAAUAGAUAUUUUGCAGAAAAGACGUACUCCUUUCCAGCCUGCCUCAUAAGCUUUGGAUGAUGUGGGAAGGCCCUUUAGAAUGGAGACUGUUUUGGUCUCCCUUUCAAUUCCAGAGCAAAGUGAGCCUUGAGAUUGCAAACUAUAUCUCAGGAGAGCGUGAGUAACAUGCCUGGGCCAAAAUAUAGAUUUAGGAAGAACCAUUUUAUAGAAAAGUAUGCUGUCUGACAAUUUGUUUCUUAUAUGGAAGCUAUUUUAUGAACUUGGUAUGCAUAGUAUUAAGGUUUUGCAUUAGCUGUUUUUCUAAAUUUUGCUUCAGGGUAGACUGCAUGACUGAUUUCCCCAAAAGUCCUUUGGAUAUUUAUAUGCAGUGGUCAAUCUCUUCACUAGUCUUAAUGCCAGCUUUCGCUAGCAUUUGCCUUCAUGGCCGUUCUUUACACACACAAACACAAACACACACACACACACACACACACUUUAAAGGAGGGGAUGAAAAGCUUUUGUAAAAACUGUUCCAUGAAGGGAAAGCUCCUCAGCAUAACUGCUCAGGGAAAUAGGGCUAAAUAACUAUAUAUUCAAUCUUGGUUCAAGGUGCUGUUAAGACAAGCCUCCAUAGAUGCUACAAGGAUCUACAAAGGAUGGACUUCAAAUCAUUUGCCCAGCCAGUAGUUUUGAUCUUCUUUUUUAAUUAUUUUUUAACAAAGGGAUAUACAAGAGAUAUUACAAGCUACUGGAUGCACUGUCAGAUUAACUUAUUUCAUUUAAGAAGUUGGGAGAACAAAUAGGAAAAAAACUUAUUUUUCUAGUAAAUAUUAAUGUAUUACAUUUCAAAUAAUGGUGCCUGACAUAUUGAAUAAUUAUUUUCUACAGUGUACGUAUGCAACAAAGAUAUUCCAUCAUGCAUAAGAUUCAGCGCUGGCUCUGCCUCGCUCUGUUUACAUUUGCAAAUGUAGCAAACCAAGGUAAUGAAGCAACUUUCUAUUGCAGUAGGUAUCUUUUAUUUGUGCGCGUGUGUGUGUGCAUUAAAAUUGUAAACGGUAACAUGAAAUGAAUGGACUUUGUUGAUAUUAAUGAUAUUGGGGGAGGGGAAAGAAGACGAAGACAGAGAAGAAGGAAAUGAAAAUAUUUUUAUGCCUACUUAGGAGGAAGAAAAAGGGUAGCACUAUUCAUUCCAAGUACUUUUUGUAUUCUUAAGCUCUUAACUCACAUUGUUAUGCUUAAAAUGAUAAACAUAUAUCCUCUUUUUAUUGCUUUGCCUAUGUUUCAGAUGAAACAUUUCGGAGAUUAUGUCGAGAGGUGCAUCUGACUCCUUGACAAUGACAUUUUUAUUGCAUUCUGUAGUAGCACUGCACUCCAUUUUUACCAUAUUACACAGUCGCUUCAUGGGUUCUUGUUUUGUUUUGUUGCGCUGGGGCUUUGUUUCUUUAUUUCGCAUUGCAAGGUCUUUAAGUCUCUUGAGGUUGUGGAGUACAACUGGUACCUGAAUGUUGCUGAGAAUGAAAUUUUAAAAUGUAUGUCUGAUAUAAUCCCCUGUCCUCCCCUCCCCUCUUCAUUUUAUUUUCUCAAACAUACUAGGCCAUCUUUUUUUUCAGGCUAGAUUCUCAGUUCAGAAAGAUAUGUUCAAGGGCCUUUGUCAGAUAUCACCUAGGACUGUUCACAUAAUUAAAGUUAACAGUUAAUAUGCUUCAACUGCCUCAUUCUCUGACCUAGAAAGUGAGCAUUUAAAUUAUAUUUGACCAGGAAAAAUGGGAAGGAGGAAGACAAGAUAUUUGCAGUCAGGGUCUCAUCCUUGCCUGACCAUGGAGCAUAAAACUAAGAGGAGUUGACCUGACCAGCAGUUAAUUUUCGUAUGGUGUUUGAAUUGUCAAGGGAAAAGUUAAGGGUCUUUAAUGAAAUCUAUGAGCUACUCCAGCAUUAGCCAAAUCAUGUUCUCCUAGCCUCCUGGUGAAGCCUUCUUAAUUCAAUAACUAAGGCCACAAUCCUAAACACACAAGGGAGUUAAAAGCAUAUCUGAACACCAAUAGAACUAAUUUCCUGCAUAGGAUUAUACCAAACAGAGCCAUCAUAAAAGUUAAGGAAAUUGGACUGCCACUUGGCUUACUCUGGGAUUCACACACUGUUUUGGUCAGCAAAAAUGUUCUGCCUAAAUGUUCUGACAAGGUAUCCAUAGUAAUGAUCCAUAGGAUGCAAUGGAUUGUUGCCAUCUGCUCAUUGUAUUCUUCUGCCAAGUUCAGAGAAGAAUCUUUCCACUCCUCUGGUAUCACAGAUUUCUGAAAAUAAAAUGUAGUAAUUAUCCCUGCAAUAAGACAGUACCCAGCAGGUAAAGUUGUUUUAUCAACUUUACAAGUGGUUAUAUGCAUCCAUCGUAAGUUUCCAUUUGUCCAUUCCAAAUUUACAUUUAAAGGAAACAGAGGGAAUUUUUAACCUGCAAGAGAAGCACUCAUAUACCCGGCUACCAAAGGUCUUGGUGACCUUGGGUGGGUUACAAGAGUUACAGUUCUCAUGGGCAACUUGCUAUUUAAUCAUUCUUCCAAUUUGGAAGCCAUAGCAAGCCUGCUUUGAAGUCUACAGAUUCUUGAUCCAGUGCUUGUUCUAUAGCUAUGGGCAGGUCUGACUCACCAAAUGUGGCCUACCUUGGCAAUCCCUCAGGGACUUGAUUUACCUUCUAGUUUUACUGUGUCCUCAGGACUGCAGAAGCCCAAGUUAUUGGGCACCUGGGAAGCCACAGUAGAUGUAUGGUGGCCCUCACUCAGUUUGACAGUUACAAGGCUUGAGUUUGGCCAUUGUCAAGAACGGUGCUCACUAUCUGCUUGAGGCUGUACUCUUGGUUAGAAAAGGAUGAUAUACUGAUUCUUCCUACUAGAAAGCUUAUGCUUCAGCAAUGUGAAGCACCUGCAGUUCCCCACCACCAACCCUUGUGUCAAUAGCAGGAGCUGAAAUAGAUUCUCCUUUUUUAUGGACUUCCAUUAAAACAGAUAAACAGCCAUUGCCAAAUCAAGCUUCUGGCACAAAUGUUCCACUCUAUUGGGUUGAGCCAGGGACAGCCUUCAGGGCUACUGUCAAAGGCGAGCUUAAAGAGCAUAUGCUGCAAAGGAGAAUUCCAGGCUCUUCACGGAAUAUUCUUACCCUGUGGAUGAGGAUAAAAGCAUGCUGGCUGUAUUCUAUCCAAUUGCUUGCGAAGCGGUAAACUCAUUCCCACCUUCUAGUGUUCUGGUCAAUGAUUACAAAGGCACUGGCAUAAUUGACAAGCUCUAGGCCAUUGUUUAAAAUUAUAAAAAUUAAAUUCUAUUAAUAUUUAAUGCAGCUAAAUAACUUGCAACCUUUCAGGCCACCUGUAUUUAUGUUCUGGUUCUUCUAAAUGAACCCCAGCUCUGUUAGGCCACACUGAAUGCAGGUUCUAAGCCUAAGCUAUUCCUGAGAGAAAGAAGAAAAAGCUAAUUGAGGCAAAAUACCUUGGUAAGCUGAAUAGAAGCUGAAACUUAAUGUUGCCUGCCCCAGCCUUGGACCACUAGUGCUAGAUUCAAAGAAGGACACUGUGGGAGAAGUGUGGUUGCUUGAUAGUUUACUAUCUAAAAUGAUCUGGAGAACUUUGCAAAGAAAUAAACCUGUUAAUGUGUGGCAGGAUGGAGCUCUCUGUUGUAACAUUUAACGUAUGUAAAAAUCAUUAAAAUAUUAAAUAGAUUGACCCAAUCUGUC